AUGGCAGGCUUGGUGGAAGUGGUUGAUCUGAGUGCAUUAGAAGGAUACUACGGCCAGCCUCCUCCACCACAGGGCCAAUAUCCUCCGCAACAAGGCUACGGCCAACCACCUCCCCAGGGCCCUCCUCCACCGCAAAACUACGGCCAAGGAUACCCACCCCAGCAGCAACCACAGUAUGGCGCUCCCCCUGGGCCGUACCCUCCACAGGGGAACUAUCCUCCCCCACAACAACAGCAACCCUACGGUGCCCAGCCUCACAGUCCGUAUCCUCCACAGCAGGGAGGAUAUCCACCCCCGCAACAGCAACCGCCGCCAGGAGGGGCUGCUUCUUCUUACUAUGGCGGCGCCCCUCCGCCCCAACAGCAAUACGGCCAACCAGCCCCUCCACAGCAGUACGGUCAUCCACCGCCGACUCAGCAAUAUGGACAGCCUCCACCACCUCAACAGCCAGGUGGUUAUGGCCCUGGCCCACAAGCGCCCUACGGUGCACCUCAGGGCCACUUCCCGGCAGCCCCUCCAUCUCCAGGCUACGAUCCGAGAGCGCAAGCCCAUAUCGACAUGUCUCAGCAGGCUGAUAGCUUACGAAAAGCCAUGAAAGGCUUUGGUACAGAUGAAGACGCUCUCAUCAAGAUCUUAGCUCCUAUUCCGCCACAAAAUAUCGGUGCUCUCAAACAGCAAUUCCACCAAAGACACCACCGUUCCCUAGAAAAGGAUGUGGAAAGCGAAAUCAGCGGCUACUUCGAACUCUGCAUGCUCUCCAUCCUUCGCGGUCCUCUGCAGCAAGACGUAUACUGUCUCCAUCGCGCUCUCUCAGGGGCAGGAACGAACGAAGAUCUCCUCAAUGACGUCCUCAUUGGCCGCUCGAACGCCGACAUUCGUGCAAUUAAAGAAGCAUACCAGCAGACCCACCGUCGCUCGUUGGAAGCGGAUGUUAAAGGCGACCUAUCGAUGAAGACUGAGCGUAUGUUCUCUAUGAUUCUCACAGCCAAUCGUGCCGAGGCAUCUGCUCCUGUGAUUCCUCAGGCCAUCGAUCAAGAUGUCGCGGAAAUACAUCGUGCAACAGAAGGCCGCGUUGGGGCAGAACAGCUCACUGUCUGCUCGAUAUUGACGUCCCGGAACGACGCUCAGAUCCGCGCCAUCGCGAAAGUCUAUGAUCAAAAGUACAGGAGACCGCUAGAGUCGGUCGUCAAGGCUGAAUUUUCAGGUCAUAUGGAAGAUGCGUUGGUGCAAAUGGUCAGAUGUGGUGCCGAUCGGGCAAUGAGAGAUGCGAUCCGGCUGGAAGACGCAAUGGCCGGAGCGGGGACGAAGGACGAGAUGCUGAUUUACCGGACAUGUCAGAGUCACUGGGAUAGGACGCAUAUGCAGCAGGUCAAAGGGGCGUAUCAGCAUCGUUUUCACCGUGAUUUGAUUAAGAGGAUACAGGGUGAGACGUCGGGUUACUAUGAGAAAGCAUUGGUUGCUAUGGUGAAUGUCUGA